ACAUGAAAUAAUAACCCUUGAAAAUAUAAAAAUCAUGAAAUCCUAUAUUAAAUUUAUCAGGCUACAUCGUAGCCGGCAAAAUUAGUUCAUACCAAACAUGAUCAAAUCUGAGAUUAAAUUGAUGAACCAUAAUUCCAUAUCCAAACAAAAGAAAAAAGAAGUUUAGAAGAGCAAAAACCCAAUUUGUGAAAAUCAAAUCUGUAGCCUUCAUUGUUGCGCUUGUCCCUUUGUUUUGGAUUGAAGUGUCCCAGUGGUUGCCUUUGCGUCUACCGUCACUCACACAGAAUCUGCGCAAGCUCUGUCUCAAACUCGCCUCCAAGCAUGCCGGCUGCCUCUUUUAUUUCUCCAUCCCCCUCUCGGAAGUCCUCCCCUUUUUAUAUCCAAAUAUGUGCGAAAAUUGGGUGCCCUUCUUUUUCUAAGCCCAUCUUAUCUCCUUGUGGAGAUAAAGCCCACCAUGUUUUGCCACGUGUGUAUGCAGAAGACAAUUUCAAUUCUGGUCUUUGAAUGGGAAAAUCAUGGAAUCAGACUUGAUGUUUUCAGCUUUUGUCACUUAAGUUCAUUUACUCUAGAUUUUUUUAGUUUUACCCUUUACCUACAAAAAAUAAUAAAAGUAAUGUAAAACCAAAUAAAAUCGUUCCAAUAAAAUAUAAAAGAUUACAAUUCAU